AUGGCAUCACUCAUAGUGAUCCUCUAUUUAUUGCUUAUGCCUUACGUGAAAUGUGUGCCAAGAAAAUAUUACAACUACACGUUACUUAGCGCUACACCAAUAAAUGAUAAACAACUAAACUUUUUCAAGAAUCUAACAUUAUCAUAUGAUGUUAAUUUUUGGAGGCCACCAGGACAAGUUAACAAAACUAUUGAGCUGGUCGUAUCGCCUGAGCAUAAAAAAGCAUUUAUGAAUGAUGCUAAACAAUCAGGUGUUUAUUUAAUAACAGUCAUGAAAGAUGUACAAAGUGUUUUUGAUAUGCAAACUGUUAAAACGUAUAUAAGAAGAAAAAUGGGUCUAUUUGACUGGCGCAGCUAUUUUAAAACAAACGACAUUUACAAAUGGCUUCAGGAUUUAAGCAAUAACCACCCACAAGAGGUUCACUUAGAGAGCAUUGGCAAGACUCACGAAAAUCGAGACAUAAUGGCAGUAAGAAUUGUUUUAGGACAAGAUAAAUAUUUUUACAGAUCCAGAGUUAUAAUAGAAGGUGGAAUACACGCCAGAGAGUGGAUAUCUCCAGCCUUUGUAACCUACAUGAUGCAGCAAAUCGUACAGUCUCCUACAUCAAAUAACAGUAUUUUGAAAGAAAUAGCUCAGGCUUAUGAGUGGUAUUUUGUACCGCUUUUGAAUCCUGACGGCUACGAAAUUACUCACACAUCGGACAGAUUAUGGCGAAAGAAUAGUAGAGGUGUUGAUUUGAAUAGAAAUUUUGAGAUCGCAUUUGGAAGCGUCGAUGUUAGCUCUAACCCAUUGGCUGAUACAUACUCUGGAAAAAAUGCAUUUUCUGAACGGGAAAGUGCAGCUAUGGCUACUUAUGUGCGGUCAAAGAGCGACAGAUUGGAUUUUUACUUGGCAUUCCACUCAUAUGGUCAACACAUGAUCAUACCUUACGCUUAUUCAAGACAACAUAGGGAAAAUUUCGAUGAAGUGUACCAAAUGGGAAAGAAAGCAGCAAUCCGAAUAGCAGAUAAAUAUGGAACCGAAUAUACAGUUGGAACGGCGUACGAAACAGUCGGCUAUUUAACUUCGGGUGUCAGUGGAUGUUGGGUCAAGAGGACUUUUAAGGUUCCAUACGUCAUUACAUUUGAACUACGCGAUCAGGGAUACUAUGGAUUUGCCCUGCCGGCAAAGGAAAUUUUACCAACAUGCGAAGAAACAAUGGAAGGAGUCUUGUCUUUACUUUCAACAAAGUAUAAGAGGGAAGGAAAUCCCUUACCUAAAAGUGGACAGGGAUAUAAUCUUUUAAACACACUUGUGACAAUUUGGAAUAUUAUUCUAUUUAUUUUAACACGUGAGGACUAG